CGUCCCCUGUGACGUCUAGGGGAGGUCCCGCCCCCAGCUACCCUCGACUGCAGCUGUCACCGCGGCUCACUGGCGGCCCGGAAGCUGCCCCUUCUCAGGGGUCAUGAUGGGCAGCAAGAUGGCGUCUGCCAGCAGGGUCGUGCAGGUAGUCAAGCCGCACACUCCAUUAAUACGAUUUCCUGACAGAAGAGACAAUCCUAAACCCAAUGGUUUUUUCUUUUUAAUUUCAGUAUCAGAAGCUUUGAGAUCAGCAGGACUACCGUCUCACUCUUCUGCAAUUUCCCAGCAUUCUAAGGGAAGUAAAUCACCAGAUUUGCUGAUGUAUCACGGUCCACCAGACACUGCAGAAAUAAUAAAAACAUUACCUCAGAAAUACAGAAGGAAACUUGUGUCUCAAGAAGAAAUUGAAUAUAUCCAACGUGGAGGUCCAGAGUAAUCACUAUGGCUGCUGUUUGUCAUCAGACAAAAGAAUUACCUUUACAAUAAAUGACUUCCAAAUGAAAAAGGACAAAUUGUAUAUUGAACAACUUUAAUAAAUCUU